AUGCCUGCAAAAAGCAAAGUUCCACUGCACAAGCUUUGGAAGGACGAAGAAAUGCGCAAGUUUGAUCAGCUGCUUGAAGAAAAUAAGCUCUCAUAUGAAAAAGGGGAGAAGAUGGAACACGAACGAGAAGCGAUCUCCGUAGUGGCUGAUCCGCAGUUGAUGACUCUGUUCGGUAAAAUAGUCACAGAAUCAGAAAAGUCACUCCUUGCGCAGGAACACACAGAAGCAUCAGACCACGCUCCAGUCGACGAGGACAAGAAGAAGCUGGGUGUUUAUGCUCACGCGAUGGACACAAUCUGUCGGGCUUCAAGUGACAUGGUGCGGGAUCGUUUGAAAUUCGCACCAGAUCCGAGCGCAAUAAAAGUGCAGCGCCGCUAUGCGUGCGAACUUUCCCGGGCUAUGCGGACGGCAAUUGAAUCGGACACGGCCGAAAGCAGAUUGGAAAGAUUUGCCGCUGAUGACAAAGCAAGGGAGAAAACUGCGACACUUGACAGAACAUGGACUCCGUGGCUCCUCGAUCCUUUCCCUUCGUCUCCUCGAUCCUAUGACAGCUGGACCCCUUCCCCUUCGUCGGACGGGAGCGCAUCAAAAAAAUGCAGCCGCAGAUGGAUGUCAGAAGUAGAUUACUAUUAUUUUUUUGAUUUUUUGUCCUAUUUAAUAGGAGAAAAAGGAGACGGGCGUGAGCGCUAUUUCCUGUGGGAGCGCUGCGAAGUGCGGAAGUGGUACAUCGUCAGCGGAUAUGGAUACAAGUGGCUGGCCUAAGUGAAAAUGACGGAUGUAUUUUGAUCAAUACAAUUCUAUUGUUCGGGCACUUGUUCAGCUACUGACUCAGUUUUCACUUACCGCGUGAUUUCACUAGUAGUGCUGGGAGGAGCCGAAUCAUCCUGCGUGAUUCUAGUAUUGUUUGUUCUGGUAUUCGUUUCCGUGCUUCACAUUGAUUGUGCUGAUGUGGUGUUGAUUGUUUUUUGUCGAGAGGACUACAUUUUAUUUGAAGCUGUUAUUUAAGGAAGACAGGCGAUCUUCAUCUUCUACGGAAAGGUCGCCGUCUUGUCCUAAAUUAGAUUUGGAAAUGUAACGUCGGAUUCGCGCACACGCACCUUCUGUUGCUUUGAUUGUUCGUGUGCCUUCGUUUUGCAAGAGCAAGUAGCAGAUAAAU